UGAAUAGCUCCUGACACAAAUGAUGAGGAACUUGGGUCUUUUUUGCAUUUCAAAGCCCUGCCUGCAGGUGACCAGGCUACUGGUGAAGAGGUUGCAGUGGUGGCUUUAAAGGCAUUUGCUCCCACUUCAGCUGGGAUUUCUCCACAAAAAUCUUCUGAGAAAAAUCUUGAAGAGGAGAGGAAAGGAGAAAUGGCCAAUUCUCAGGGAUUGCUGACAUUCAGGGAUGUGGCCAUAGAAUUUUCUCAGAAAGAGUUGGGGUGCCUGAACCACAGUCAGUGGGAACUGUACAGGGAUGUGAUGUUAGAGAACUACGGACACCUCCUUUUCUUGGGUCUUGUUGUGUCAAAGCCAGACCUGGUCAUCUUUUUGGAACACAAGAAGGAUGUCUGGGCCAUGAAGAGAAAGGAGACAGUAGCUACACACCCAGGUAGGUGGAACUGAAGCGGAUGACAGAGGUGAGGUCCAGUCGUGAAGGAAGAAUUGGACCUCAGAAUGUGGUUGAGCAGCUCUCCUUGAAUGGAAAUUAGGCUGAAAAGGCCAGUUUCAGGGCUCUUCCUCUCACAUGGGACAUCUGCUUUCCAACACACCAUGCUUUCCAUUCUCUAAGGAUUCUCCU